AUGUUGAGGACGCAUUGGAGCGGGCUGAGCAGGGAAGGAUGUUUGGUAACUUCCGUCCUGCCCUGCAAUCCCUGCGCUCGGAUUCCACACGCAGCCCUGAGGCUAAAGGUCAGAUUGAGAGACRUGGCUGAUGGCAAGGAGGACCCUGCUGUGUUCACCUCCACCUCUCUGCCUUCAGACCCCCGGCUUCUAGCUACCGUGACCAAUGCCUACCUGGGCACCCGUGUGUACCGGGACGUCCUGCACGUCAACGGGGUGUAUAACGGGGCUGUGGGAGACACGCACCGCGCUGACCUCCCCAGCCCUCUCAACGUGAGAAUGGCCAAGCCUAGUGCAGGCCAGCUGACCGAGACCUUCAYCUUGAACACACGGACGGGAACCUUCAGCCACGUGCUUCAGUCGGCAGAUUAUACAGCCACCCAUCAGAUCUAUGCUCACCACUCCCUUGUCCACCUGAUGGCCUUCAGCAUCACCAUCCAGCGAGCAGCUCACACCAGCCAACCCAUCGUGCUGCAGCUCCAUGUUCCUUUGGUGCUGGAGAGCCAGGACCUAGACCUGUACGAAGGACCGGACUUCCAGGGAGCACGCUACAUCUAUGGGAAGACUCUGGUUCCCGAGGUGGAGGGAGGUCCGCAGCCCACGGUGCACAUGCUGUGGACUCCGGUGCCGCAAGCCGUGACCCUGCGCGCCGAGGAGACGGAGAGAACGUGGCAGUUCCUGACGGCCGUGGCCGAGAGCGAGGAGGAAGCGAAGAGCUGCUACAGCGAGGGCUCGGUGCGCGCCGCCCGCGGCAGCCUCCACACGUCCCACGUGGAGGCCUGGGCCGCGCUCUGGAGGGGCUGCUGCGUGGAGCUCGACGGGCCCCUGCCCUUGCGACAGGCCCUUUACGGGGGUCUCUAUUACCUGCUGAGCGCCAUCCCGCCCCUCGGCCAGCCCGGCUUCCUCUUCCACGGCAUCAGUCCCGGUGGCUUGUCCAACGGCACUCGGGGUGAGGACUACUGGGGACAUGUCUUCUGGGACCAGGACACCUGGAUAUUCCCAAACAUCCUGUUGUUUUAUCCUGAAGCAGCCCGAGCCAUCCUGGAGUACCGGAUUCGCACACUGGGAGGAGCUUUACGCAACGCACGGGAGCAAGGCUACAAGGGUGCCAAGUUUCCCUGGGAGAGCGCAGCCACGGGCCGGGAAGUCUGCCCGGAGGAGAUUUAUGGAGCUCAGGAAAUUCACAUCACCGGGGAUGUUUUGAUGGCCUUUGAGCAGUAUUAUCACACCACACAGGACCAGAAGCUGUUCAGGGAGGAUGGAGGCUGGGAGCUCGUUGGUGCCGUGGCUCAGUACUGGUGCAGCAGGAUGGUGUGGGGCGAGGAGGAGCAAUGCUACCACAUCAAAGGUGUCAUGCCCCCAGAUGAGUAUCACCACCGCGUUGAUAACUCUGUUUACACCAACGCCGUGGCCCGGAGGAGCUUGUGUUUUGCAGCGGAUCUUGCGCGGGACUUCUUGCUCCCUGUGCCGGAGGAGUGGGUGGAGUGUGCCGAGAAGGUGAAGGUGCCGUUUGAUGCAGAGAGGAAAUAUCACCCCGAGUACGACGGGUACAGCCCAGGCGAGCCUGUGAAACAAGCUGAUGUUGUCUUGCUUGGAUUCCCUCUGAUGUACCCCAUGAGUCCCGAAGUCCGCAGAAACGACCUGGAGAUGUAUGAAGCUGUCACUGUGCUGGAUGGACCAGCCAUGACCUGGAGUAUGUUUGCUGUGGGCUGGCUGGAGCUAAAGGAAGUGCAGAGAGCACAGAGUCACCUGAACAAAUGUUUCAGCAACGUCACGGAGCCCUUCAAGAUCUGGGUGGAAAACGCCGAUGGAUCAGGAGCUGUGAACUUCCUGACGGGGAUGGGUGGAUUCUUGCAAGCUGUCCUCUUUGGCUACACGGGGUUCAGGAUUACAAAGAGAGGCCUUCGCUUCGACCCCGUGUGUCCUAACGACAUCAGUAAGCUGAAAGUCACUGGAGUCUCCCACCUUGGCAACAAACUGAAGUUCACCAUCACCAGGGACAGGAUGAAGAUCAAGGUGACUAAGUCUCCCCUUGGGCCCCCCGCGUCUCUCCUGGAGGCCGUGCUGGAGGCAUCGGGACAGCGGCUUCCUUUAUAUGAAGGGCAGAGCGUCUCCUUCUGCACCUCAGCUGGCUGGAUUCAGAGGUCGUCUCCUGAGGCAUUUUGAACCCCAGCGGAUUUGGGGUUUAUGCAACCGGUCCCAGUGUCCCCCGAGAAUUUCUCCAAGGAGAAAUUCUCCAAGAAUUUCUCCGAGUUGGCUGUUGGAAAGCUGCUUAGCAGCUAAUGGACUUCCUGCACAGCCUCGCCACGCCAUCCGUGUGAACAUCACACGGGAUCCAACUGCCUUGUUUGCAUUUGGUCCUCUGCUGUUUUCCAAACAUCCGGGAGUGGUU